GAUCGCGGCCCAUGUUCAAAACAAAACGGAUCGGACCGCUCGAGUGUGCAUGCUGUUGUUUGGAAAAUAAGCUAAAAACAUUGAAAUUGAUAUCCUCUGUUAUUUUUUAAAAUGGCAGAAGGGGGAGAUGCAGAAUGGGAACUGUGCAAAGAAAACAUUCAGCCACUGAGACGUGGAAGAGACAUUUCAGUAUUACAAGAAGCCCUUACCCAACAUCAGGAUGGAUUCAGCUCUGCCAUCAUUCGCCAGAGACAGUCUUUUGAAACAGAACUAAGAAUGUACGAUGGAGAUGAUCCACUUGAUGUGUGGGAUAGGUAUAUCAAUUGGACAGAGCAAACAUUUCCUCAAGGAGGAAAAGAAAGUAACCUUACGACACUACUUGAAAGAGCUGCAACCAGGUUUACAGAAGAAAAAAAGUAUCAUAAUGACCCUCGUUACGUCGACUUAUGGAUCAAAUUUGCAAAGAACUGCUCUGAGCCCUUGGAUAUUUAUCGGUACAUGCAAGCUCAGGGAAUUGGAGAUUUGCAAGCCUCAUUUUAUAUUGCUUGGUCCGAAGAAUAUGAGAAUCAAGGCAGCUGUCGCAAAGCUGAUCUGGUCUACCAGGAGGGAUUCAAAAAGUUUGCUGAACCACAAGACAAGCUUACACAGUUUCAUAAAGCUCUGCAGGCACGUGUGUCCCGACAAGUGUUGAUGAAUGCAAAAGAAGAAGACAGCGAUGAUGAGCCCAAACAGCUUGAGAGAAUGUCUUUGGCCGAUCUCAAACAUAGAGGAAAGAAAAAAGCUAUUGUCCCAGUUAACAGGACUGGAACUGCUGUCAAAAGUGUCUCUGGAGGUUUACAACUACAAGGUGCUCCCGUGCUUGGAAAUGCCACAAAUAGCCGAUUUGUCAUUUUUGAUGAAAAUAAAUUUACUGAUGAAGGUCCAUCAGAGCCGAGAUUUGAGCCAUGGGCAGCACCACCAUCUUCUUCAAGAGCUAAAGAAAAUGAACAAAAACCGCAAAAAUGGUGUGAUGUCAAGAUGCGCCAAAAAACUAAGUAUGGACAUACCGUUAUGGCACCACCAGCUGCCAAACCAACAUUUCAGCCAUUUGUGGAGGAGUCAGACCAGCCUCCGACAAUGACCCCAUGCAAGAUCAAUCCAUCUGUGAACACUGUAUUAUCAGCUCGAAAGCCUUGCAGAGAAGAAACACCUCUGAAAAGACUACAAGAGCGGCAGCAACAGCAGAAAGAGACUGAACCAGAAAAAGGCCAGGAGAGGAGCAUGUACUGUAAAGAGCUACUGCUUAGCGGAGCCACUGAAUUCUGCUUUGAAGAACUGCGAGCUGAGCGAUACCGUCAGAAGAUGUCACAAGAUGAUGUCAAAGGUCAAAAGAAUGCUGUUACUACUAAUGUAAACUAAUGACAUUGUUUUUGAACUUUGAUUGUCUUAAAGUUUUAUCGUCAUUUUUAAAUGCCUUUUUAUUAACUGAGCAGUAAUCAUGCUGUGUGCUAUAAAUACUUUUUUUUUCUUUGUUGGUCUGUCCCUCAUUUGCUUGGGGAGAGAACUGGCAGUUUCAUAUUGGUACACAUAAAAUGUAUAAAUCGAAUGAUCCCAUCAUUCAGUACUAUGGUAUUGUGAGAUGGAAUAAUAUUAACAAAAAGCAGAAUUGCCUACUUAAUCCACUCUUAUGGGCCCCAGAUAAGUUGCUGCAUUGUUCUAAAGAAAUGUACUGUACACCGUUUAUAUUAUUGUAAAAUGCCCCUUGCUGUCAUAAUGGCAUUGAUCUUCAAUAAAUGUCUGACUUCUCUUUCCCUGG